AAUAUUCGAUUGUUGCUGGAUGAAGAAGUUCGAGAAAUACAAUACAAUACAAGGGUUUCAUUCCAUCAAUACCCAGUUGAUAGUUGAUCAUACCUACCGUAUAUUGAAUGUAAAUGCCAAGUUCCCUGGAUCCACACACGAUUCUCACAUUUGGAAAAUGUCGUUAAUUAGAAACCAUUUAAGUAACACAUACAGGCAUGAUCAUGAAUGGCUUUUAGGUGAUAGUGGUUAUCCAUUAGAGCCUUGGUUACUUACACCAUUUAGUAAUCCAGGAGAUGGAAGCCCAGAAAGUAGGUUUAAUGUUAAAUUCACUUCAGCUAGAUCAGUUGUGGAACGAGCUAUUGGUAUGUUGAAAGGUCGCUGGAGAUGCCUUUGCAAACAAAGAAUGUUGCAUUAUAAACCAACAAUUGCAAGUAAAAUUAUAAAUGCCUGCGCAGUUCUCCACAAUAUUUGUAUUGAAAAUUUUGAUGCCGCUUAUGAAAAUGAAGAGUAYGAUGAACCUUAUAACGCCAAUGACUUUAUACAUUUUCCAGCAGGAAAUUCUCUUCACACAGAGGGUAAUAAUAAUCGAUCAGAAAUUAUGGAUUAUAUUAAUCGUGUUCAAUAA